AUGUCAUUCCUCGAGAAGCAGAAGGCGUCUUUCUCCAGCGCCUUGGCUUCUGCCUCGGGCAGGCUCAGUGUGAGAAAUGCAGUUCCCACUCCUGCGACUCCAACGCCGUCUUCUAGCACCACCGGACCCAAACGGGAGACGAUGUCGUCCAAGCGCCAGGUAGCCGCCGAUGGCAGCGAUGAGAGCGUUUCGACGAUCAUUCUCAUGAUGACUUAUGUCCACGAGUAUCUACGUGCUCAAACGGAGCCCAAGACGGCCCGGGAUAUCAUGAAGCACUUGGAGGAUGCCGGGCACAUUCGAGACCCGAGCACCUCCAUGUGCCAAAGGAUCGUGGAUGCCCUGCGAUCCCAGAAAGUCGUCAAGUUCACACCGGAUCCUCAACUCAGCGAGCAAAAAUGGGACUCGGGCACCUAUUUCUACCUCGGCAAGCUCGGCGGUAUCAAAGACAAAGUCAGCCUCCUGGCCCACCUUCAGAGCAAAUCGACCAUGGAGCCUCUGGUAUACAAAGAGCUCAAGGAAGGGUGGCCGCAGUGUGAUGCUGCGCUUCAUGAAUUGGAGCGCGAGAACAAGAUCAUGAUUCUCCGGGAGAAGAAGGGCCCUAAACACAUCUUCAUCGACGACCCGAGCCUCCACCACAAGGUUGAGCCCGAAUUCCAGAGCAUGUGGCGGCGGGUGACUCUGCCCAGUAGCGAGGAUAUUGUCAAGAAGCUCAUUGCAGCGGGCCAAAAGCCAGCCAGUGCCGACCCUAGCACUAUCAAAAAGAUGGACUCGACGAAGAGGAUAAAGAAACGUGCCUCUCGUCGUUCGGCUAUGACCACGAACGUGCACAUGCAACACCUGCUUAAGGAUUUCAGCCAUGUAAAGAAAUGA